AUGUGGAGGAAUUCAUUGACCAACACCUUGAGAUCGGAUCUCCCCCUUCUCCCGACAAUUCGUUGUCUGAGGUGCCAAUUCCACGGCACCGCGGCCCUCGCACAUCUCCGCGCGAAUGCCUCUCUCCGCAACUAUGCAACGAAGAACAGCACCCCGAAACCAAAGGACGCCGAGGCAAGCCAAUUAUCCAAAUCAACGACAAAGACAUCCGCUCUCGGAAACCCCGCGCGCUCCUCCGUCCAAUUCCAACAAAACCAACCCAUAAGACAAACCCCCCAUCCAAGCGAUGAGAACUUCAUACCUCCAACCCUGGACCGCCCAAUCGGUACCGCCGCACCACCAGAGGCAGGCGAGAAUACCGGCGUCGAUAGCCGCAGCUACCGCCAGCGUCGAGACGACUUCGUCGACUAUGAUACGCACAUCAAGCGCCGAAAGGAACUAACCCGACAAGUCGCCAAACCCUACUUCCGCGAAUGGUCCAAUCUCCGCUUCGCAGAAGGAAAAACCUUCAAGUCGAACCCACGCCUCUUCCGCUCCGACAAAGCCCUCUACUUCCCCAACAUGCGCGGCACAACCCUCUCCUCACCAAAGGAUCCGCAAGACACCACCCCGGUUCUCGAAGGCAAAAUCACCAUCGUGAACCUAUUCUCCAGCGUCUGGGCCGAGGGCCAAGUCGCAACCUUCACCGGCGCACCGCUGAACCCUAAGCUCUCUGAAAUUAUUGCGGCCGGUGGUCCGCUCGUGCAGAGGGUGGAUAUUAAUCUUGAAGAAAAUCGCAUGAAGGCUUGGCUUGUGAAAUCGUUUAUGUGGCGUAUGCGACAGAAGUUGCCGGAGGCGCAGCAUUCGAGGUAUUUCCUUGUGCAGAAGGGGUUUACGGAGCUUUUGAAGGAGGCGGUUGGGAUGAUGAAUUCCAAGGUGGGUUAUGUUUAUCUUGUUGAUGAUGCUUGUCGGAUUCGUUGGGCUGGAAGUGGUCCUGCUGAGCCGGUUGAGUUGGAGACUCUCAAUAAUGGGUUGCAGAAGUUGAUUGCGGAGAAGAAGGCUGCUCUGCAGGCGGAGAGGAGGUGA